GGGGGUGAAAUAAGGAAGGAGAGCCGGCCUUUCUAACGUCACUCCUUGCCGCCGUGUCCGCAGCACUGGAAGCCACCCGGCCGGCAAUUGCUAUAUUAUUUUACUACCACACGGAACGCGCUGUUUCGUGCGUGCGUGCGUGCGUCCCCACCGUGUGUGUUGUGCAGCACUCGUUGUCAGUCAGUCGUACAACAACACGGACACUCGCUGCCUGGCAGGCGAGCUAGAGCCAGAGAGAGAGAGAGAGAGAGAGAGAGAGGAUCCUCAAUAUUUAAGUAGUGUGAGCUGCAGUGACAAGAAAGAAAAAUUACGCGGCGGGUCCCCCCUCCCCGGGCGCGGCGCCUUCUUGGAUUCUGUUAUUCAGUAGCAGUCGGACUCAGGAAUCAGCAAGACGUUGCUCCCUGGCCCUGCUGCAACAGCCGGUGCGAGUGUGUGUGUGUCGCCGUUGUCGCCGCAGGGGCGGAGGGGAAGCAGCGGUAAUGAGAACCACCCUCACCUGACUCUGCAGCCAGCCCUGUUCGGCAGCAACAUCUUGUAAAAAGGCGAGAGCAAGGAGCCGGCCGGUCGCCGCCGCCGACGACGUGUGUUUUCGUGUGGGGGUGCAACGGCAGCGGCCAGAGAGCAAGCGGAGGAUCAGCAGUCAGUCACACGGAGCGACCCCUCCCGCGGCACUUGCAGCGCCCCGAGCACGGCCAGCACGCGGUCACGCUGCUCGGCAAGCGGCCCGCCCGUCGCCGGCAAGACGCGCACCGCUCUCUCGAGCUCCGCAUUCAUGUGUCGCUGCUGUCAACAAGUUGCCGAGGAUUGUCCGCAGUUGUUGUGACGCCUCGGCGUCCCGUUGUUGUGAAUCGAAAAGUGCACGGCCGAGGACAGCUUGAAUGACCGCUACCAUGUCCCAGUUCGGCUUCACCCCCGCCACGGCUGCCGCGGGGUCUCCUCCAAACUCGUCAAGCACCACGCAAGUGGCCGUCUCCAGUCCAUCUCCAGUCGCGGCGUCAUCGUCGGCGCCGCCACCAGCCGGCAGCCCUCCUGUGGUUGCUCCAGUUCCUUCGGCAGCGGCCGCCCCUGGCCGCUGCUGCGAUUCGGGCCGGCCCCUGUACACGGACCCGAUCACCGGACAGAGUGUUUGCACGUGCCAGUAUGACCCGCAGACGCACCUCCUCAACUAUCAAAGACUGGCCACCGCCGGCCUGCCGCUCUCCAUGUACAGUGCCCCUUACGGAGAGCAGAUGGCUGCCUACUUCCCAUCCCUCGGCGCCGCCGACCAACCUCCCUUUUAUGCCGCACCCGGUGGUCUAGAUUUGAAGGACAACUUGGCCGGCGCGCCGCCAGGGUGGCCCUACCCCUCCGUAUACCACCACUACGACGCUGCCUUCGGUGGCUACCCCUUCAAUGGAUACGGCAUGGACUUGAACGGUGCGCGGCGGAAGAACGCGACCAGAGAAACAACGAGCACCCUGAAGGCGUGGCUGAAUGAGCACAAGAAGAACCCGUACCCGACCAAGGGCGAGAAAAUCAUGCUGGCCAUCAUUACCAAGAUGACCCUGACGCAGGUGUCCACGUGGUUCGCGAACGCGCGGCGGCGACUUAAGAAGGAGAACAAGAUGACCUGGGAGCCGCGCAAUAGAGUCGAGGACGAUGACAACAACAACGACGACGAUGAUCGCCCUAGUCGCAAGGAUGGCAAAGACCACUUAGACUCUAAGGACUCGGGAACGGCGUCCAGCGAGGAUGGAGAGCGUCCGCACCACCGGCUGGACAUGAUGAGCCGGCCACCCCGUCCGGACACGGGCACCGGCAGCGACUGGAGCGACGCCAGGCCAGACAGCGGGCCCGACUCGCCCGAGUACCUGUACGAGAAGUCGCAGCACCUGCUGCACCACCCUUCGGUGAAACUGCCCCCCGGCUCGCCUCCGUCGGACGGGGUGCCGAAACCGCGUAUCUGGUCACUGGCCGACAUGGCCAGCAAAGAAAACGACCACCACAUGCCGGCGCACCACCCUGUGUCAGCGUUCUACGCAGGCAAGCUCGUACCGUCGGCGGCGAUCGCGGCUCGUGCGGCUGCAGCCGCAGGGCUGGCGCAGCCGCCUCCCCACCACCCAAUGUACGCGCGGCCGCCGGCGCCGCCUCACCCCGACUUCUACCGGCUGUACAGCAACGCCGCGCACCUGCACGGCGGCGACGUGGCGCUGCUCGAGUCAUACUCGCGCCAGUUCGGCGCCGGCAACACCGCCCCCCUCUCCGUGCUGUCCAAGGCAGCCGCUGCGGCGGCCGCCGGCAGCGCCGUCGCGGCGGCGGGCUUUUUGAACGGGGUCACGCCCAUCCCACCGCACUCGUCCGCCUCGUCCAGCUCGUCCUCGAUGGAGCACCAGCUGCAAUCGGCCGGUCUGCUGACCAAGGUGGCCGGCGGCGGAAGCCCUCCGCCCCCGCACACCAGUCUCCCCGCCGCCGCCACCCCCGGCAAGGGCAGUCCCCCUAGCAGUAACGGUGGCGCGGCGGCGGCGGCGAAGGCUUGACCGCAGGCGCUCAUCGCCAGGCCCGGUGCGCGCUACGCCACGAACAUUGGCCUGCAGUGGUGAAAAAAGCCGAAAAACAAAUCAGUGCGUGGACAUAGUUGAGACAGUAGAGCGAUCAUUUAGCAUGUGCGUUUGUUCCAAAGUUCUGCGCCGCGGCCGAUAGACGGAUUUUGUGUUUUUUAUGUGAUGCAAACGAUUUAUUAAAUUAUUAUAAAUGGAACACUAAAAAUCGAUGAAUAUCUCUCUGUCAUUGUACGAGUUAAACACACUAAAUUGUUUGUGAAACGCGCGAUGUAAGCAUGAUGUUAUGAUUAUAUUUGAUAAUUAUUAUUAUUACUACUGAGGAAUGCGUUUAAUAUUAUUAUUAUUUUAGCAGAAUUUAAUGACUGGCUACGUUUUCAAUGUGAUACAAAAUGUCAUUCAUAAUUACUUGAAUAUGUGUAAAAACAUGCCAAGAGCAGAACAUACAACAUAAUAGAUGGUAGGCGAGCAUUUUAUAAGGAAGCUGUUUUUAUUUGUCAGAAGUAUAGAUAGAUACUGCUUUAAUUUUCUCUGCUCCGUUGACGAAAAAUGAAAUUUAUUGAAUUCUGAGAGUAUACUAGAUAUCAUCAUCAGCUUUCACACUAGGAAGACAACAACAGUUGCAGAGCGAAAGAGGGAGAGAGUUUUUAUGUUCAACCUUUAUCGUUGCGAUCCAAGGCCUGUUAUUUUUCUAAAUGAUUUCCCCGUAAAAGGGAUCCUUUACAAACAACCAAAGCAUUUUAUCCUCUUUUAAAAACACUAGUUUGAUUGAACACAAAUUCUGUCCGAUCAUUUUUACACGCCACACGAAUCGACUUUUACCUAAUCCAAAUUCAUAUUGUCGCAGAUUCGUAGAGAUCAAAAUUUGCGUUUUAGGACACAACGCGCCCCUGGUGGUGGGCGACGCACUUUUGUUCAAAAUUGAUUAUUUGGUGUUGCUCAAUGUGAAUCUUUUUCAUUCAUCAAUAUCUAAAGUGGGUGUACUUGUAUUAAAGAGUAACGAGGUCGAAUUCGCCUCAAACGCUGUCACUCGCCAGCAGUGACGCAAAACCUUUGUCAAAUGAAACUAUAUUAAAGAGAAAAUGAAAAACGAA